ACCCCAACAUUUCUUCAUUCAACUCUCAUCGCAAACUUCCAUAGAAAUCGAAUUCUCAGCCUGAUUUUUGUAUCUAUCGCUCGUGGAUUGUGUUUUGUCAACGCAUCAAUUCUGUUGAAUUUAUUCAAAUCCCUCCCUCCUCCCCCACAAAACCUUUUACAGGAUUUCAUCAAUUUGUGCUGAAUCGAAAUAUCCCCCAAAACCUACUACGAUUCAUACACACGAACUCGUAGUAGCAUUAAUCGCAUUGUUCUCACGAUUUUCAGUGAUCGUUGAUUGAAUACGAAGCAGAAUGGAUGAAGUUAAAGAUAAAAUGAAGGGGCUGAUGAAGAAAGUCAACAACCCCUUCACAUCAUCAUCAUCGGGCAAAUUCAAGGGCCAAGGCAGAGUUUUGGGAUCUUCCACUACGUCGUCACCGUCUCCGCCGCCGCCGCCGCCUCCAUCUCAAUCAGUGUUUUCUUCAUCAUCACUGUCUAAUUCAAAGCCCUCUAAUCCAAAGGUAAACACUAUCUCCGAACAUAAAUCGGAGAACAGAGAGCCCGGGCCACGGAUGAACCCUAAGGCACACGAGAAGCCGGAAAACGGCUUCGAUCCGUUUGACUCAUUGGUCACGACGGGGAAGAGGAACCCAAAUGGCUAUUCUUUGAGAGUUUUCGAGUGUCCGGUUUGCGGUGGAGGGUACGCCUCCGAAGAAGAGGUUUCCUCCCACGUCGAGUCCUGUUUGAGCAGAGCAGAAUCGGGGAGUAGCGAUAAGGAAGCCGAUGGUGUUCGUGAUCAGCUGCAGAGUUGUGUAAGCGCGUACACGUCGGGGAAGCCGAGCGAUGGUUCGGUGGAGGUGUUGAUAAGGCUUUUGAGGAAUGUGGUGAAAGAGCCGGAGAAUGCUAAGUUCAGGAGGAUUAGAAUGGGGAAUCCAAAGAUAAAGGAGGCGAUCGCUGAUGUCCCUGGAGGUGUGGAGUUGCUGGAGUGCAUUGGUUUUGAAUUGAAGGAGGAAGGUAGUGAAAUGUGGUUUGUGAUGGAAGAGCCUUCUAAGGAGCAGCUUGGUUUGGUUAAAAAUGCUGUAUUGUUGCUGGAGCCGAAGAAGGUAGAAGAGUUACCAUCUAAGGCUCCAGUUAAGUUGGAUAAACCUAUUGAGAGGAAGCCAGUUGAUAGACAGAUCCGGGUAUUCUUUUCCGUCCCCGAGAAUGUAGCAGCACGGAUUGAGCUACCUGAUUCUUUCUACAACCUUUCAGCUGAAGAAGUGAAAAGGGAAGCAGAGUCAAGGAGAAAAAAGUUAGAGGAAUCUAAGCUUCUCAUUCCUAAAUCAUACAGAGAAAAGCAGGCCAAAGCUGCAAGAAGGCAGUAUAAUAAAACGGUCAUUAGAAUACAGUUUCCUGAUGGAGUGGUACUUCAAGCUAUAUUUUCUCCAUGGGAGCAAACUGGUGCUCUAUACGAGUUGGUGAGCAAUGCACUGAAAGACCCAAGCUUAGAGUUUGAGCUGCUACAUCCAGUUUUAGUGAAGCGACGGGUGAUCCCACAUUAUCCAGCGGCAGGAGAGAGAGGAAUCACAUUGGAAGAAGAGGAUUUGGUCCCUGCAGCACUUAUUAAGUUCAGACCUAUUGAAACAGGUGAUACUGUUUUUACCGGUCUCUCCAACGAACUCCUUCAGAUCAGCGAACCCUUUGUCUCUGCUUCUGCAGUUCCUGCUUCAUAACGCGUACCCUCAAUUAUCGCAAUACUAAUUCUUCUGGAGAAAGUGGGAACCUAUAGUAUGUGUAGUCGAUGUACCGUGGAAAAUCAAGAGUCGACUAUAUGUUUGUGUCUCUGUAUUUCAUUUCUCAUGCAACACAAUUUGCCAUUUUAUUUCGAUUUUCAUCCAGAUUUAUGCUUGUGAAAUACUGUAUAAGUUGUGGAUAGAACGACGAAGUUUAUAGAAACAAUUUUAUUUCUAUUUUUACUUUAA